AUUCGUACACGAGUCGAAAAACAAUUAUUUAUUCAAUAUUAAUUUAUUAAUAUUUAAUAAUAACAAUAACAAUAAUAAUAAUAAGCAAAAUUCUUGUUCGAGAUCGAGGAGAUCCAAAACUAAAAAUCAAGAAUUUCUAGAGAGAGAAAGUUAGAGAGAGAGAGAGAGAAGGGGAAAUUGUGGGAAAUUACCCAAAUGGAAAAGGUGAAGAAAGAAUAAUAAUAAUAUUAUUAUUCAUCACAUUUGAUGGAUCAUUCUCAUUUAUGAAAAAUUUUAGGGUUUCAGUUUCAAAUCAAUCAUCAACAACAACUUCUUUUGUUUCAAAUUGUUUCUGAAAUCUGUCAAAAUCGGUUAUAAUCAUCGUCUUUUUUAAUUAAUUUCUGUUUUUUCAUCAAAACUACGUCGUUUUGGGUUUGAUUAAAAAACAGGGGAGAAGCAGAGCACAGGGGAAUAAUCAUACUCUGUGGUUGAUUUUUAUAAAAUUAAUAUAAAUUUUAUAAAGAGUAAUAAAAGGUUAUUGGUAUGCCGGAUAAUCGGCGUGUUCAGAGGAAUGGUAGCAUCGCUAAUUCUUCUUCGAAUCCCUCUGUUAAUAACAUUGAAGAAGCUGUAAGGAGGUUGAGGAUCCAGACAGAUGGGAAAGAAGAUGGUGGUGUGGUGGGCGGUUAUCCGGACCGGCCAGGUGAACCGGAUUGUAUAUUUUAUAUAAGGACAGGCAUGUGUGGUUAUGGAAAUAGUUGCAGGUUUAAUCAUCCAACUCACAUUGGGCAGGUGAAUCAACAUGGAGGCGAGCUUCCGGAAAGAGUUGGGGAACCGGACUGUGUGUAUUUUCUAAAGACGGGCACUUGCAAAUAUGGAUCAACCUGCAAAUACAAUCAUCCUCGUGAUAGGCAUGGUGCUGGACCCGUUGUGCUGAACAUGGUCGGGCUACCUAUGCGACAGGAAGAGAAGGCGUGUCCUCAUUACAUACGAACUGGAUCGUGUAAAUUUGGAGUGUCAUGCAAGUUUCAUCACCCACAGCCGUCAGUGGAUGGGGGAGGUGUACCAUAUGCAUCGACACCUGUACCUUCGUCCGGUAUUUCUGCAUGGUCAUUACCUAGACCGACAUAUGUUUCCGAUCCGCAAACUUACUUACCGAUUAUUCUCCCUCCUUCUCAAGGCAUUGGCCCUACACAAGGUUGGAACACUUACAUGGGAAGUCUGAGCCCCGUGACGUCGGCUAGUGUCUUUGGUAGGUCGGGUUCGAUGGACCAGACCUAUUCGUUAACUCCUGCUUCUAAUCUGCCUGAGCGACCUGGUGAACCGGAAUGUCGUUAUUUUAUGAACACUGGAAUCUGCAAAUACGGGCUGGAGUGCAAGUAUCAUCAUCCAAAAGAGAAGAUGGCUCAAAUGGCUGCUAGUUCCCUUGGCCCGCUUGGCCUCCCUCUAAGACCCGGGCAAGCGGUGUGUUCAUAUUAUAGUCUUUAUGGAAUCUGCAAGUUCGGGCCAACUUGUAAAUAUGAUCACCCUUUUAUGGGAUAUUCAUACAAUUACGGCAUGAGUCUGCCUACCAUGCCCAUGAUUGAUCCAUCUGCGUUCCCGUACGGUGAAACUCACCAUGCGCACCAUUCUUCAGUGUCGUCACCUUCAAAAUCGUCAAAAAAUGCAGGUGGUUCUAAAACACCAGGAGGAGAUUCACACUCGCGUUCCCCUUCACCUCAUGAGCAUGAUCAUGACCGUGAUCAAGAAAAUGGUGGCUCCCCUCCACAUUCGGGAUGAAUCUGAUCUGAUCAUAUGUCAUUUAGUGGUACUUUUAAGAGAUGAAUUUGCGGAGAGAUUUUGUUUUUGGUUUUGAAUAAAGGCAGGUGAUGAAAAUUGUUUUAACUUUGACUGCAUUCACUAUACCAUUUUAUUCGGUAUGAACUGUUGUGGUUUUGUUUCUAUGGAUGAUUUUUGCUGAAUUUAGAGUGGUGAUGCCUAUCUUUGGUUA